GUCCAAAUCUUGCAACUGCACCUCGAACCCAACACCAACGGUGCUUGCACGCCAUGGUCGCAACCUUCGACCCCCUCUCGCCCUCCAAGGCGACCAGCUCCAAGCACCCGGACCACACGUCGUUCGGGACGCUUACCCGCGAGCGCCAGUUCCGACACCCGUCAAACGAGGGCCCGGAUUUCGAGAGCCUCGAGGAGCUCGUCCGCCCCGCCAUCCAGUCGUUUGACGCGCUCACCGAGGGUGGCGACGACGGAACCGAGGGCCUCCUCCAGCUCGGCGUCAAUGACAUUGGCGAGAAGGUCGUCUUCGACGGCAAGCCCUCCGAGGGCAUGCCGUUCGGCAACAAAAUUACCUACCGGAUAGCCCAGGUCGCUCUUGGCAAGCCGCUCGUUUCCGACCGCGACAAGCUCGCUGUUGAGCGCCGCAUCUUCCCCACCGAGGCCCGCGAACGCCUCGUGACCUACCGCUCCCGCCUCACCGUCACUAUCAAGUGGAAGGUGACUACCAACGAGGGCAGCACGCGCGAGUACGAGGAGGUCCGCGAGUGCGGUCUCCUCCCCGUCAUGGUCAAGUCGGCCCGCUGCAACAUCCGUGGCAUGCCUGCUGCCGAGCUCGUGCGCCACGGCGAGGAGUCGUCGUCCUGGGGCGGCUACUUCAUCGUCAACGGUAACGAGAAGAUUGUCCGCUACCUCAUUCUCCCCCGCCGUCACCACCCGAUCAACCUCAACCGUCCGUCGUUCGCCAAGCGUGGUGUCAGCUACACGCCGUACGGUUGUCAGAUCCGCUGUGUCCGCCCCGACCAGUCGGCGUGCACCAACACGCUCCACUACCUCUCCAACGGCGGUGCCACGAUCCGUUUCGCCUGGCGCAAGGUCGAGUACAUGAUCCCCCUUGUGCUCAUCCUCAAGGCGCUCGUCGACGCCAGCGACAAGGAGAUUUUCGAGAGCCUCGUCCAGGGCGAGUACGAGAACACCUUCUUGACCGACCGUGUCGAGCUGCUGCUCCGUGGCCAAAAGACUUUCGGCCUCAACACUGGUACCCAGUGCCUCGACUACCUCGGUGACAAGUUCCGCGUCGUCAUGAACUGCCCCGACGACUGGACCAACGUCCAGGUCGGUAGCUUCCUGCUCAACAAGGUCAUCCUCGUCCACCUCCCCAACCCCCGCGACAAGUUCCGCAUGCUGCUCUUCAUGCUCCGCAAGCUCUACUCGAUGGUCGCUGGUCAGUCGUGCCCCGACAACCCAGACUCGCCCCAACACCACGAAGUCCUGCUCCCCGGUUUCCUCUACGCCAUGAUCAUCAAGGAGCGCUUCGACGAGUGUCUGCUCGCCGUUCGUGCCCAGAUCCAGCAGGAUCUUCGCCAGAACCGCGCCAAGGAGUUUACCAGUGCAAAGUACUUCCCCUCGGUCCUUGCCAAGGUCAACUUUGACAUUGGCGCCAAGAUGUCCUACUUCCUCGCCACCGGCAACCUCGUCUCGCCCACCGGCCUUGACCUGCAGCAGACGAGUGGUUUCACCAUUGUGGCCGAGAAGCUCAACUACUACCGUUACCUCGCCCAUUUCCGCUGUAUCCAUCGUGGUGCCUUCUUCGCCGAGCUCAAGACGACUGCUGUCCGUAAGCUGCUCCCCGAGUCGUGGGGCUUCUUGUGCCCUAUCCACACGCCAGACGGAUCGCCCUGUGGUCUUCUCAACCACUUGUCGCACACUUGCCAGAUUGUGACCUCGACUCUGAACGUUUCCGAGAUCCCGACCCUGCUUUCGGCUCACGGCAUGACCCAGGUCUUCGCCACGUCCAUCGACGGUGCCAAGUUUGUUGUUAUCCAGCUCGACGGUCGCGUUAUCGGCUGGGCUACGCCCACCAAGGCCAAGCAGCUGGCUGAUCUCCUGCGCAAGCUCAAGACUGAGGGUGACGCGCGCGUGCCCAUUGACCUCGAGGUCGGCUAUGUCCCUGUCACCAAGGGUGGCCAGUACCCCGGUCUCUACCUCUUCGGCUCGCGCUCCCGCAUGAUGCGUCCUGUCACUUACCUCUCCAACGGCAAGCUCGACCACGUCGGAACCUUCGAGCAGGUCUACAUGGAUAUCUCGGUCACCCCAGAGGAAAUUGAGAAGGGCGUCACCACGCACGUCGAGCUCGACCCCACGUCGAUGCUCUCAGUCAUUGCCAACCUCACUCCUUUCUCCGACUUCAACCAGUCACCACGAAACAUGUACCAGUGCCAGAUGGGCAAGCAGUCCAUGGGAACACCGUCGACUGCCCUCAACCGCCGUACCGACAACAAGAUGUACCGCCUCCAGAGCGGACAGACUCCGAUUGUCCGCCCCAAGCUGCACAGGCACUACGGUUUCGACUCGUUCCCCAACGGUAUGAACGCGGUGGUCGCUGUCAUCUCAUACACGGGUUACGACAUGGAAGACGCCAUGAUCCUGAACAAGUCGGCCCACGAGCGCGGCUUUGGCUACGGUACCGUCUACAAGUCUGACAUCUUCGACCUCAAGGACGUCAACCGCUCUGCUCGUGGCCCUCCUACCCUCCACUUUGCUCUUGGUCGCGAUGUCAAGGAGGACCACACCUGGCGCGAGUUCCUCGACACUGACGGCCUCCCCCGCAUUGGCACCAAGGUCAAGGCUGGGGACCCGCUUUGUGCCUACGUCGAUGAUGUCACUGGUCGCACCAAGGUCCACAAGUACAAGGGUGACGAGACUGCCUACAUCGACGAGGUCCGUGUUCUCGGCUCGGACACCGGCGACUCGGAGCUGCAGAAGAUCCACAUCAAGCUGCGUAUCCCUCGUUCGCCUACCAUUGGUGACAAGUUCUCGUCUCGUCACGGACAGAAGGGUGUCAUGUCGCAAAAGUUCCCUGCCAUCGACAUGCCCUUCACCGAGAGCGGCAUGCAGCCCGACGUCAUCAUCAACCCCCACGCUUUCCCCUCUCGUAUGACAAUCGGAAUGUUCGUCGAGUCGCUCGCCGGCAAGGCUGGUGCCCUCCACGGCUUCUCUCAGGACGCUACGCCGUUCAAGUUCUCGGACGCGGACCGUCCCCAGGACUACUUUGGCGAGCAGCUCCGCGCUGCGGGCUACAACUACCACGGCAACGAGCCAAUGUACUCUGGUAUCACUGGCGAGGAGCUGAGGGCCGACAUCUACAUUGGUGUCGUCUACUACCAGCGUCUGCGUCACAUGGUCAACGACAAGUUCCAGGCCCGUGCGCUCGGACCGGUCGACCCGCUCACGCGUCAGCCCGUCAAGGGUCGUAAGCGUGCCGGUGGUAUCCGUUUCGGUGAAAUGGAGCGUGAUGCUCUUAUCGCCCACGGAACAUCAUUCUUGUUGCAAGACCGUCUCAUGAACUGUUCCGACUACUCGACUGCUCACGUGUGUCGGUCAUGUGGCUCGCUCAUCUCGCUCGGCUUUGACGACACUGUCGGCCCCAACGACGGCAAGCCAAGAAACUACUGCCGUAUCUGCGAACGGUCCGAGCAGCCUGGUGCUCUCGACGGCGUGGUCAAGAAUGGCGCGGUCGGCGUCGCUGCCAAGAGCGCGUUGACGUCUGCGGCGACACGGAGCAAGAUGGACGUGAUUGCCGUGCCAUACGUGUUCAGGUAUCUGUGCGCGGAGAUGGCGUGCAUGGGUAUCAGGUUGAACGUGACGGUUACGUAGUACAGUAUAGCAUAUAGAUGUGAGCAUUGUUGGAC